AUGUCGGAAGAGUUGUAUGACGAGUUUGGAAACCUGAUUGGUGUUCCAGACACCGACGUUUCUAGCGAUGAAGAAAUGGAUGAUCAACAAACCAAACUGGUGGUUCGCCAGCCGGGACUCCAGGAGGUGUUUGGUGCCGAUGUCGAGACAGUGAUAGCCACUACCGAUGCAAAGGAUAUUAGUGAGCCCAUUGUUGAGCCCGAAGUUGAGCGUAAUUUCAAGAUCGAGGAGACUGAACUACCAGAGACAUUCUACUCGAAGGAUUACAUGUGGAAGCUGUCAUAUCUGCCCGAGAGGGUGCGAAAUAUAGCCUUGGUAGGAGGCCUUCAUUCUGGGAAAACCGCUUUUCUAGACAUGUUGGUCCAUGAAACGCAUAACUUGGAUACGCCAUUUGCCAAGGACUUCAAACCCAUGAGAUACACAGACAACCAUACCAUAGAGAUCAAAAGAGGACUGUCCAUCAAGACGUCCAGUAUAACAUUAUUAAUGCCCGAUUUCAAACAAACCUCCAGAGUGGUGAACAUCUUGGACGCUCCGGGCCACGUGAACUUUGUGGACGAGAUGGCCGUUGCCAUAAGACUCGCAGAUACAGCCAUGCUUGUUGUGGAUUCGGUGGAAGGUAUGACUAGAGGACUGCAACUGGCUAUCGAUCAUUGUCUGCUAACCAAUACACCUAUGAGUUUGAACAUUUCCAAAAUCGACAGAUUGAUUCUGGAGCUACGGCUCCCACCAUUGGAUGCAUAUUAUAGACUUCGGGCCGUCAUCCACGAGAUCAACCAAUACAUUGCAUCAUCUGAACUUGUUCAGAACUCCAAGUACUCCAGACCCACAAAACUGUCUCCAGAGCUGAAUAACGUUUGUUUCAGCUCGCACACCCUUAAUUUCUGUUUCACGCUUCGCAGCUUUGCGCAAAAAUACGUCACCAAUUCCAAACUCGACGUGGAUUCGUUUGCUUCCAAACUUUGGGGAGAUAUUUAUUAUGCUGAUAAGAAGUUCACUAUUCGUCCGGAGAACAAAGCAGGUGCGGCUAACAAUAGAACAUUUGUGUCAUUUGUUUUGAAUCCGAUCUACAAACUGACAACUACGACGCUCACAAAGACUCCAAAACAGCUCCAGUCGUACUUGGAGUCAGUCCAUGGAAUCACGUCGAUUCACCGUUCCAAGUACCAGCUAGACGUUCAGCUACUUCUGAAGGAAGUCUUUUUUGCGUACUUUGGCACAGUAUCUACACCAUUUGUGGAUUUGGUGCAGUACGCGCUGUCUCCCGUUGAGAACAAUCCCCACAAGUUUAACCUACUUUACAAGAGCACCGCUCCGGAAACCAUUGCUAACGAGAUCUCCAAGUGCGAUCCUGAUGGACCGCUUAUUGCAUAUGUUGCGAAACUUGUUGAUUCUGUGGACGCCAACCGCUUUUACGCUCAGGUUCGUGUUCUCUCGGGAACUCUGAAAGCUGGUAGCUCUGUGCUUCUUCUUGGAGAAAACUACAGUCCUGAAUUCACCGACGAUAUCAAGGUCCAGGACGUUCGUAGGACGUUCAUUGGGUGCUCCCGCUACCGUAUCAACGUUGAAGGCAUCCCUGCCGGGUCGAUUGGUCUGAUAUCUGGCCAUGACAUUGACUCAUUCAUCACCAAAACUGCAACAAUCUUUGACACCAAAUUCAAAUCCGAAUCUCUCGACAUCUUCAAACCAUUGGAUAUGAUAUCUAAGCCAGUUUUCAAGAUCCCAGUGCAACCGGCUGUUCCCUCGGAACUGUCGAAGUUUAUCGAUGGAUUGAAGAAGCUCAACAGAUCGUACAUUGGUUGCGAGGUGAAGGUUGAAGAAGGCGGCGAGCACAUCAUUCUGGGUUACGGAGAGUUGUAUCUUGAUUGUCUUUUGCAUGACCUGCGUUUGCUAUAUGCCGGUGUCGAUCUAAAAGUUGGCGAUCCAACCUCGAGAUUCGCUGAAACGUGUUUGGACAUGUCCAAGGUGAAGAUCGUGAGCGAAUCCACCAACAAGAAAAACAGCAUCACUGUGAUUGCAGAACCACUUGAAGAGCAGAUAACCAAGGACAUUGACUCUGGUGUUCUGGUGACCAACGUUCCUCAAAGAGUACUGGCCAAAGAGUUAAGAACCAAGUACGGGUGGGAUUCUCUGGCUGCCAGAUCGAUAUGGACGUUUGGGCCAGAUGAAACAGGAACGUGUGUUUUGAACGACGAUACACUUCCCGAAGAGACGGAUAAGGCAAGAUUGAGCAGUUUGAGAGACCUGAUAGUGCAGGGAUUCAAAUGGUCAACCAGGGAAGGCCCGCUGUGCGAUGAGCCUGUCAAGAGUGUCAAGUUCCGUAUUAUCGAGGCUUCACUCUCUUCGAACUUCCUCGAAGCGAAUGGAGCUCAAAUUAUUCAAAUGGUUCGCAAAGCCUGCUACACUGCAAUGAUGACGGCUACUCCUCGACUGUUAGAGCCGAUCUACGAGAUUGAAAUUCUAUGUUUUUCCUCGGUCGUUCCAGCUUUGAACAAGCUUUUGGAUAAGAGAAGAGGAACAAUCACCAAAGACCUCCCUGUGGAAGGAACUCCCUUGUACAAAGUCUACGGGUACAUUCCCGUCAUUGAGUCGAUUGGACUGGAAACAGAUAUUAGAAUGUACACCCGAGGCCAGGCCAUGUGUCAGCUUGUGUUCAGCCAUUGGAACGUUGUUCCUGGUGAUCCACUGGACGAGGACUGCUACAUUCCUGUUUUGAAACCAGCUCCUAUCAACUCUUUGUCCCGAGACUUUACUUUGAAGACCAGAAAGAUGAAGGGAAUAGAAGACGUCCCUUCAUUGAAGAAAUACGUCGACACAGACAUUUACGAAAAGCUGCAAACAGCAGGUAUUGUAUAG